AAGAGGUUCCGCGAAGUAAGUCGCCAUCAGGAGGUGCAGCUACCAUUGGCAAGAAUAAAGAAGAUCAUGCGAUUAGAUGAUGACGUCAGAAGUAUGAUGAUUGGUUCGGAGGUGCCUGUCUUACUUGCAAAGGCGUCGGAAAUUUUCAUCCAGGAAUUGGCGCUUAAUUCAUGGAAGAAAACAGACGAGAAUAGACGAAAAACCCUCCACAAAUCAGACGUUGCUCAAGCUCUGGCCAUUAACGAAAUGUACGAUUUCCUGAUUGACAUUGUACCACGAGAAAUUCCAAAGAAAUUAUCUCAAUCAGGCGGUGCUAAACACAAACAACAAAUGCAAAUGCAAGAUCAACAAGUACAAACAGUCAUUACCGAUACAAGCGGCCUCCUCACCACAGAUCCAGGUGUUCAAUAUGUUUUGCAGGUGGGAUCGGGCGAUGGAACGCUGGCAACAGGCUCAGUGGUGCAAGCCACGCAAAUUGGGCAACCCAUUCAGCUGCCGAUCACACAGGAUAGUCAACCGAUCCAGCUGAUCACAUUGAGUUUACCGACCGAUGGUAUACAGGAGUUCCAGCUUCAGCUACCUCAGCCAGAAUAA